AUGACCAGCCUAGUCGACCUCCCCCACGACGUCCUAACGAUAAUCUGCCAGCACCUCUCCGCCGCAGGUCUCCUCUCCCUAUCUCAGACAUGUCGUGGCCUGUACAAAAUAGGCUGCGAUGACUAUCUCUGGCACUCCCUCCUCCGCAGCAUCAACCUCCCACUUGACAUCUCCCCGGAUACAGACCCACGCUCGCUCUCGGGCCGCGACACUAAGGCGCUCGUCGUCCGGGCGCUCAAGCUCGACCGCAACUGGCGCCGGUCGCGUCCCCAGGUCCGCAGGGUUGUCCCGCUCAUUGACACGCCAGCAGACACGUUUGUCGAUGAGCUGGUCUUUCUUCCUGGCUCUCAGUGGCUUGUUACCGCGCAGGUAGCUGGUGGCGUCCGUACGCGUGUCACGCUGUGGCUAUUGGGGGACGUAGAUAAACCUCUUGUUGUGGGAUCGUAUGACCUGAGAGGCCGGCCGAGGUCUUUCACUGCUUAUUUGGACUCUGAGCGCAAGGUCGUUAUCAUCUGCGGUAUUAUGAUGUGGGAUCGGCAGUCGUUCAUCAAAGCACACUCUAUCAACAUAGAUGAGUGUGAUCGAGCGAUCACUCCCGUCGCUACCAUAUACGACACUGAGGUCUCUAAACUACCCCAUCUGGGUAUGCUCUGUUCCGUUUCUGUUCAUAAAGACACCAUCGCCGCGAACUUUGUCGUCAUGGGAGGCGACACCUCCAGUAGAAAGCAGACGGAAAACAUACUCUUUCACAACUUCAUGACCAACGCGACUCUCAUCACCAAAACGCUAGUCCCUUCAUUCGCCGGAUCUCACAGCCUACGUUUCACACACAGCCGCUUCAUCACGGCGACACACCACGACGACUUAUUCGGAGAGGUACUCGACAUCUCAAAGAUCGCGUCCUCGUUAUCCGACGCCGCACCGUCCAAGGAUGAAUACCCUUUCGCUGCCCUGCAAGACAAAUUGUCGCUCACGUCUUUCCUCCUCCAAUCCAGCCACCACAUACACAUGGACUACUACCUCUCCGUCGGCACUCCUCACCCUUAUCUCAACAGAGACAUCCUCUGCGCUCUCGCCUUACCCUGGCCCGGCUCGUCCUACCCCGCCGCAGACCUGUACCAGCUGAACCUCCGCACCGGGGCACUCGACAGACACGAGCACUUUUCCGUCGCCAACUCCGAACACGUCAUCGUCAACGACGAAGUGCACCUCGGCCCCAGCGGGCGGAGGGCCGUAUGGCUAUGUGGCCGCGCGGGAAACGCGACCGUGAUGAAGUGGGCGUGCGGCGGCCGCGUCGACGGCGAGGAGGUGGCGGGCCGCUCGUCGCCUAUGAUAGACACGUCAUCGGGGCUGCCGUUUCGCGUGGAAGAGUGUCAUAGGCUUGCGUUUGACGAGGCGACGUGCAGGAUGUGUGUAGCUACGCAUAGUGGGUGUUUGUAUUUGCUGGAUUUUGCGUGA